AUGGCUAUUGAAGAUGCAAUUUCACUUGCAAUAUGUUUAGAAAAGAAUAGCUUCCGAAUUGAGCCAUCAUUUCAGGAUUAUUAUAAUCAACGUUUUGAUCGAACAAAGCGUAUUGUUAAUUUGGCACGAUAUUUAGGUUUGAUCGUACAUUCACAAAAUCCUAUCCUAGCAUCAAUAGGACGACGUUUUGGUCCAUUUAUGAUGAAAUCUGAACGAUUGAUGAAAAUGACGGAAGAUGAAUAUUAUGAGAAAUGUCCCAUCCCGAUGAAACCGUUGUAA